CUUUUCGACAUUUGCCACUAUCACACAAAGGAUAAACGAUGGCUUCACCUGAUUUGAACUGGUUGAUCGUCCGCAACAACAAUGCAUACUUGCUGAAAAAACGCAACAUCAAGAAACCAUUCAGCACGGAAGCAAGCAAUCUUAAAAAUGUGAGCUCAUUCCGCUACAGUGGUUUGGUACAAAAGAAAACCGUUGCUGUUGUUCCAGCUAAUGACAAGAAAGGUUUCACAGUUGUCUUGAAAACCAAGAAGAAUGAAAACAAACCAGCAAAGAACACCUACAAAGUCAAUUUCGACCAAGGUGCACGUCGUUCAUUGAAGAAGCUACGAAACACUUUGGUUCACAACCAUUAUCGUAACGACCUCAAACAGGCUGCCGUUCGCCGUGCUAGCGCUUUGUUGAGAUCACAACGGGUACCAAAAGCCAAAAAGGCUGCCGCCAAGAAGGAAUAGACAUUAUUCAAAACAAUGGCUCUUCUUCUUUAAUAAAAAAAA